AUGCUUCACCACUACAACAUCCGAUCACUGUCCUUCAUCGUCUUCGCGCUUUCAUUCUAUACACAGUACGCACAUUCCCUAGGAGUCGAGAUCACAAAUCCGCCCGGAGGAGCGACAUUAUCCGUGGAACAAGAGAUCGUCUUUCGGUGGCAAGAUGGAGGUGGAAAUCCGGAUAUAACCGCGUUAUCUACGUAUACGCUGGAGCUGAUCGUGGGAGGGAAUUCGCCGGGAAAUUCCCAGGUCUUGCAGACCAUUGAAGAAGCUGGAGAUGUGAAAGACGGAUCUGUGUCCAAGUCGAUCGAUGCGAAUGUUGCGCAGAGUAUCCAGAAUGGAUUCUAUUUGAAGAUGACCAGCAAUACCACGACCGGGAAUCAAGUCAUCAACUACAGCAAUCGCUUCACGCUGGUCGACUUAACAGGCAACACGGCCGCACAAUACCUUCAAGCGGCAACUGCAGCAGCUGGAAGCAGCGCCAAUGUUCCAGCUGCGCAGUAUAACGUUCUCUCAUCACCCACAACUUCUUCGCCCUCUUCGCCCUCGGCAACCGCUACUGCGACUAUAACAACGCCACCAUCAAAUGCCGCACCCUCUUCUCCUAAUCCUCCAGCCUCCGGCCUCUCCGCGGGCAUAAUAGCCGGCAUCGUAACCGUGGCCGUCCUCGCCGUCGUCGGCAUAAUCAGCAUAAUCGUAUGGGCCCUCUUCCUAUACCGCCGAGUCCGCAGACGAAAACAAGACCAGUCCGUUUCAAGCUCCAGAGGAUCCGAAGAGCUCGGAGCACCAAGAAGUGCUUUUGUAGACGACAAAGCAGAAUUAUCCGGCCGGCCGGUGAGCACUUCAAGAUCUCCAAGAGAGUUGGAUGCCUCCAGUGUGAGAGCGGAAGUCAUGGGUACCCAAAUGCCCGUGGAGAUAGCUGAACGAGAAGGAAGCAUAUAUGAGUUGGAAGCCUCUGGGACCAUACAUGAACUGGCGACUAGGACGUCUAAGGCUUAUGAUCCUAUUUCGCAGGUUUAA